AUGGAGUUUCACAGGAUCCCGUCAAAUGAACUGGCGACGGCUCAAUCGAUCAGUCGACGCGCCUCCUCGUCAUCGUCGAGACACUCGAGCAACGAUGUUUCGUCGCUUUGCGGGGAAAUUAUGUCGAUGCCACCGCAAACAGCCACCACUCAGCCCACGCAAACCCCGUUGACUUAUGCACAAUCGUCGUCACAGCUUGGGACCUCCUCGACCACUGGUACAACGACGACCACCUCAACGAGUACCGAAGGUGUUGCUGGGCGAUAUCGAGUCUACAAUACUGGCCAAGAUGUGACGGCAAAACACUUGGAGCAACUUUGUGUCGUGCCGAGCGCUUUGCAAGCCACCAACGACGGAGUCGUUUGUGUGCAGCCAUUUGUGACAAUUCUCGAGUACCCGGAUUUGGGCCGAAACGAACAACACGCGAAACACGCCGAACGCGGCAGCAACAAUCCGUGGCGAAAGCAUGGUGCCCUGAGCAAAAUAUGCGAGAUUGGCGGGAUGGUACAUGUUGGCGAUCGAAAGCAGAAACAGUAUAAAUGCGUGAUGCCCGGCUCGUCGACUCCUUGUGCCCCGGAAACGCCGGAGAUGACACUCAAUCGGGACAAGACUCGCGCCUCGUUACUGGACACUCUUCAGCUGAACCAAGGCGUCCCCGCCGCACAACUUGCCUGCGACAUGGCGCUCGCGAUUGAGACUCUUGUCGCCGAGACUUGCGAUUUCAUUGAGCAGCCGAGCAGCACAGUCGACGGCAGCAAAAACGGGGAGACGACGUCGACGAGGGCCGAGACUGGGAAUGAGAAAGAGAAGAAGAUA